UCACCUGAACAUCAUGGGACCUCCUAAGGUGAAAUAUAAAUAAGGACACCCACAAUUAAAGAAGCACAUUUUAGUUGCUUCACGCACCUGGCAACAUCCCUACCUUACAAUGCAACUUAUCAUCGUGGUAGCCGCUCUGUUCGCGGUAGCUCUUGCUCGUCCCCAUGUUUACAAUGUCGAACUUGACAGCGAAUGGGAAAUGUUCAAGUCUGUCCACAAGAAACAUUAUAUCAAUCAAGAAGAGGAACUUCACAGAAGACAAAUCUGGGAAGACCAUGUCGACCUCAUUGCAAAGCACAACAGGGAAUAUGACAUGGGACUUCACACAUACACCCUGGGAAUCAACGAGUAUGCUGACAUGUCAACUGAGGAGUUUGUGCAGACAAUGAAUGGCUAUGUAAUGUCCAACGGUACCAGCGGUAGCGUGUUUCUGGCUCCAAGUCAAGUACAGGUCCCAGAUGAAGUAGACUGGAGAAAGGAGGGCUACGUCACCGAGGUUAAGAACCAGGGGCAUUGUGGAUCUUGCUGGGCUUUCUCUACCACCGGCUCCCUUGAGGGACAGCAUUUCAAGAAAACUGGCACCUUGACUUCUCUCUCGGAGCAAAAUUUGGUUGAUUGCUCCAGGAAAUAUGGCAACAUGGGAUGCAAGGGAGGUCUGAUGGACAAUGGUUUCAAAUAUAUCAGGGACAACAACGGCAUCGACACCGAGGCAUCCUACCCGUACACAGCAAAGACUGGGCUGUUUUGCCAUUUCAGAACAGCAAGUGUUGGUGCAACAUGCACAGGAUACACCGACAUCAAGAGGGGGAGUGAGUCCGACCUCCAAGCCGCUGUUGCCACAGUUGGGCCGAUCUCUGUCGCAAUUGAUGCCGGCCACAAAUCUUUCCAGCUUUACAAGAGAGGAGUAUACAGCGAACGUGCAUGCAGCAGCAAAAAGCUUGACCAUGGCGUGCUUGUCGUUGGUUAUGGCACAGACAAUGGACAGGAAUAUUGGCUGGUUAAGAACAGUUGGGGACCUUCGUGGGGAAUGGAUGGCUACGUUGAGAUGAGCCGAAAUAAGAACAACCAAUGCGGCAUUGCUACCCAAGCCAGCUAUCCUUUGGUUUAAAACGGAACGUGUUCAGAACUGAUGGUGAAAGACAGUGAAUCAAAUACAACAUUUUGAAAACCUCAAGAUAGAAACAUUGGGGAGAACAUCAAGGCAAUGCAGAAAUGACAACAUGCUUUUGAUACGUAUUGUUGUCGAUGGAACAUAAACACACAUUUAAGAUCAAACCACGAUAACAGGAGGCCAUCAUCUUAUCGGGAAAAAAAUGUCGAACUUCAUUCCAAAUCAUUAUGCGUUUAAAGUAAUUCAAGAUUUUCAUUAUUUAUCUUAUGAGACAAUUGUCAUGAAUAAAACCCAUGUGGUUCUGCCGCAAAAUUUUUGCCAUGAUUUUUCAAGUACAUUUUAAACAGU